ACAGCCGGAGCAUUGAUUCAAUAUUUACUGAGGUGGAGAUGUUUCGACGUGUUCUCGGGAAGACCUUAGGGUUUGUUGGCUACACCAUCCAGUAUGGCUGCAUUGGACAUUGUGCCUUUGAGUACAUCGGAGAGAUUGUGGUGUGCUCCGGUCCAUCAAUGGAGCCCACUAUAGUGAACAAAGAUGUCAUUUUCUUGGAUCGGAUGAGUAGGCAUCUUUGCAAAAUACAAAAGGGUGAUAUUGUCGUUGCAAAAAGCCUGUUCGACCCCAAUAUGAAUAUUUGCAAAAGGGUCAUUGGAUUGGAAGGUGAUAAAGUCUCCACAAGUGGUCCAUCAGAUCUUUUCAAGACCCACACAUUUGUCCCAUUAGGCCACGUAUGGCUAGAAGGGGAUAACCUUACAAACUCGACUGACUCAAGGAGCUAUGGCCCGAUUCCCUAUGCUCUCAUCCGAGGGCGUGUUUGCUUGAAGCUCUGGCCCCCGCAUAAUUUUGGGACCCUCAGUGAAAGUCCGACCAGACGGAUCAUUGAAGAUCAGAAUGAUUAUGAUUCAGACUGACACUUACUUUAUGGAUGCACAAUAAUCUACCUGGCUUUCUCUCAUUUUUAAAUAAAGUAUUUAUGCAUAUUAAAAACGUAUGGAUUGCCAAGUAUUUCAUUCAAUACCAUCUCAUUAAUUUUAUUUCGAACACAAUAUUAAAAAUAAUCUCCGUCAAUAUAAUUUCAAACAGAAUAGCACUAUAAUAAAAUAAUGGAGUCAUUUAGAAAAAAAAAAAUAUAUAUAUAAUGAAAAAGAAGAUAAAAUGAAAGAAUGUGCCCAGAAAGAAGCAGGAAGAAGCAAAAGUGUAUGACCUACAAUGGCUAGUCAGACUGACCGAUAAUCUCAACGGGUAAAUAAAUCCUUGUAGAAAACUGCAUAGACAAUAAAUAAUAAUAAUCAUACUUAAAAAAAAUUGUAUGUAUCUAUUUUUUGUAUACGU